AGGAUGCAGAAUCUCACCGUUCUCACCUGUCCCCAGUCUUACAAAAAGAGAACCAAUGCGAGGACUGCCCGGGUCCACAGCACCCACCACUACCCCGUCUCCCUCGAGGACGCCCGCUUCUGGUUAAACACACUGGGGUGGGGGGUGUCGCAGGGCGCCCCUCCCCGCUCUCUGGGGGAUGCCGUGCCUGGGCCUGGCGGGGCAGGGCCCCUUCCCUGACCUCCAGACAGCCCAGUCCCAGACCUCCGAGAAGGCAGAGCGGGCGGCCUCUGGGGCAAGUUACUCCCUCUGGCCUCUUCUCAGGAAGGGCAGGGGGAUGUGGAACAAUUUCUGGUUCCCUCCUCUCGGCGCCGGGGCUUUCGCUUUCACUUCCUCCUGCGAGGGUGGCGAUCGGGGUGCGACGUGAUCAUGGCGCUGCUCGAGGUGUGCGGAGCCCCGCGGGCCUGGGCUGCUCCGGCGGCCGCUGCGGCAGCGGGGAGCGCGCGGGGCUCGGACCCUGGACACUACGGUUUCUCGGCGCGUGCUCCAGAGCUCGCCGUCCCCAGGGGCAUGCAGCCCACUGAGUUCUUACAGUCCUUUGGUGGGGACCAAGAGAGGAAUGUUCAGAUAGAGAUGGCGCACGGCACCACCACGCUGGCCUUCAAGUUCCAGCACGGAGUGAUUGUGGCUGUGGAUUCCCGGGCCACAGCAGGGACCUACAUUGCCAGCACACGAACCAACAAGGUGAUCGAGAUUAACCCUUACCUGCUGGGCACCAUGUCUGGCUCUGCAGCUGACUGUCAGUACUGGGAGCGGCUGUUGGCCAAGGAGUGUAGGCUGUACUACCUGCGGAAUGGGGAGCGGAUCUCUGUGUCGGCCGCCUCUAAGCUGCUCACAAACAUGGUGUCCCAGUACCGGGGCAUGGGCCUCUCCAUGGGCAGCAUGAUCUGUGGCUGGGACAAGAAGGGCCCAGGACUGUACUAUGUGAAUGAAAAUGGCAUCCGGCUCUCAGGAGACAUGUUCUCCACCGGCAGUGGGAACAGCUAUGCCUAUGGGGUCCUGGACAGUGGCUAUCGGCCUGACCUUAGCCCUGAAGAAGCCUAUGACCUUGGCCGCAGGGCCAUUGUUCAGGCCACUCACAGAGACAGCUAUUCUGGAGGCGUUGUCAAUAUGUACCACAUGAAGGAAGACGGCUGGGUGAAAGUGGAAAGCAAAGAUGUUAGCGACAUGCUCUACCAGUACCGGGAGGCCAGCCAGUAGCAGCAGCGGUGUUGGCUGUGCAGGCCUUUUCUGGUGGGAGAGCUGCCGGGCUCAGGACCUGGACCACCUUCCGCCUCAGCCAAGAUGGAGAAUGGCCCAGUAGAGGUGAUGACGGGCCAUGUCCAUCCAUUUCUGUGCUCUCCUUUCUGUGAGUGUCGCCCCUGGGAGCCUUCUGGUCCCCCUGAAAGCCAAUAAAGGAAAACGGU